UCCUGCACCCGUCUCUGUUCGUGAACAGCACGGCGAGAGCUGUGCUCGCCCACACACCCCAGCCACCCUUCGACAGAUCGACGGCGGGGAACGRUUCAUCUUGGUGCGGAUCGAUGGUGCGCAACAUCGUCUUUCUUCCCAACAGCACGCGGUUCUAUUACAUUCUCGAAGAGCGCUGCACUGUCCAGGGAAUCAUUGCUCAAUCGCGUCUUUCCUUCAGGAAAGCGGAUCUGAUUGACGUGAUCGAGGAAAGGAAAUCCGUCGUUGAUGAGUCGAUCGUCGUCAGCUAUGGGUGGGCCGUUCACAGUCUGGACGGUGAAGCGCCUACGUCUUCUUCCCCCGCCGUGUUCGAGAGGAAUCAGAGCUCAUCGACUCUGGCUAUGGCGGAGGGCAUGGAUCUCUCCCCGGACGGAUCGCAUCUCCUUCUCGGUCUGUCUUCAGCAAAUCUGACCUUGCUGUCGACGAGCGAUGGCUCCCGAACGUCCAUCCCUGUGGCAGCUGACAAGAUCUCAACCUUAGCGCUCAAUCCGACGARGACAAAGCUGUACAUGGUAGAUAAUUACAAGCCGGCUCGCCUUCUUUCUCUGUCGAUUGGCCCAUCAGGCUUCCCCAUCGACGGGAUGAAUGUCGAAACAAUUGCARUCUUCGACUCCCGCAGCGGUGAGCCGGACGCAUCCCAGGUCGCCAUCGGCACUCAGACGACUUCUCUGUCUGACUCGCACUCUGCAGACGGCUGUGUUCUUCUAUGGGAUCGACCUAGCGAUCGGAUAUGGAGAGUCGAGUCGGCACUUUGGACAGAGUCGUCCUCUUCCCACCCAACUGUUCUGGCGGGAACUCCGUCACCGGAUAACGGCAAUCUUAAAGACGUCGGAGGCGAUGGAUCUGGGCACCAAGGGGAUACCGACGGCGAUGGACCUACUUCGUCAUUCGAGUAUUUGGGUGAGAUUGUGGCGACUCCGGACGGCUGCAACAUCUUUGCCACGGAUACCGUUCAUCACCGCUUACACUGGCUGAAGCUAGACUCCCCGUGCAGCACCGCGCGGAGUGUGGAGACUGUGGGCAGAAUCCCUGAGGUAAGCUUGCGAGGACUAGCGCUUCAUCAGUACGGCGGCGAGCUGCUCUUGUACGUCGGAGCUACUGACGGCUCCCUGUUCGAGCUCAAACUCAACAGCUCUGCACUGCAUACUUGUGCGUCCGCCACGCCAUCGCCGUCCAGCAUUCGCACAUAUAGUUCUCCUCCUACCUCAGAUUCAUUCCCUCCUCCCUCCCUCGUUGCGGGUCCGUCCUCGCCGUCCAUUUCUCCCUAUCCUCCGUCUAAUGCGGGCAGUCCUGCGGCCCAAGUGUCCAAAGAGAGCCCUUCUUCUUCCUCGCACUCUCCCAAUCUUGGGCUCAUGGUCUCGUUGCCAGUGUCAUCGCUUGCGCUCAUUUGCCCUAUCGCCUGCGUGGCAUUCUUCGCCUGCAAGGCCCGCCAGCAGCAAGGGUGGCAGUCUGCUCCGAAUAGCGAAGGAUUCAGGAUGACGAAGACGAUAACUUCUCCUCCGUCAACGGCGAAAGCUAUCGAACAAAAGGAGGGAGAGGAGCCUCGACCAAUGGAGGUUAAGCGAUUCUCGCUGGCAGUGCUUUCUCACUGCACUAGUGAUUUCUGCCAAAGCUAUCGUACUGGGGACAGCGGGGCCUUCGGGGACGUUUACUGGGGAUCGAUCGGCGAAAAUCAGCAGCUGGCAAUCAAGCUGAUGUCGGGCAACCUUACUCCCGCCAAGCGCAGUAUGUUCCUUGCGGAAGUGAACACGUUGAGCAGACUCCAUCACGCCAACCUCAUCCGGUUGGGGGGGUACUGCGACCAGGGAAAUCGUUCCAUCUUGGUGUACCCCUACUUCCCAGGCGGCAAUCGCCAAGGGGUUGGCCUACCUUCACGACGGUGCCGACCCCCCGAUCAUCCACCGGGACAUCAAGAGCAGCAACGUGCGUCUGGGCGAUGGCACCGGGAAGAAGCUGCGGGUGCUUCUGGGCGAUGGCACCGGGAAGAAGCUGCGGGUCGUUGUAGCGGACUUCGGUCUAGCAGCCAUCGUCGGGACAGAACGCCAGACAGUGGUGAAAACCUCGCGGCAAAGUACAUGCUGUCCGGGAUUGUGUCGGAGAAGAUCGACGUGUACGCUUUCGGCGUGAUCCUGCUGGAGCUGCUGACGGGGAGAAAGGUGGUGUCGCCGUCACCGUCUGGCGCGGGUUGGCAGACUCUUGUGGACUGGGUGAGAUCUCGUCUCGGACGCAGGCAUGGGACUGAACCAGGGGUGGAGCUGUACGGGAUUCUGGAACCACGCGGCGGGACUCCAGUUCAAUCACGCCGUGAUGGAGACGUUGCGGUUGGCGGCAGAAUGCGUUGUCGAGGACUACGAGUGUAGGCCGACGAUGAGCAUGUUAGAGGCGACGAUUGCCAGCCUGCUCAACGAAGGGAAUGUAUGUUCGCGGCAGUAUUAGAUGA